CCCAUAUUAACCUCAUCUUUAGCCAAGAUCUAUGUAUUGGCAGAUUAACCCCUCCUGUGCCUAGACCCACUUUGCCUCACUUUCCUGUUAUUACCAGGAAUUGACCCUUUCCUUCCCCUUCUGCUCCCCCCACCUUCCCUGCACUGCACCCGCCUCCCAUUCAUUGUCAGUGGUGAGGGGGGACUGUCUGUUUAAGAGGCAGGAGGGGGGAGGGAGCAGUCGGAGAGCUGACCCCGCCCAGAGAGACAGCUGCCAGGACACCAUGGAGAGACAGCUAGAGACAGCCUGAGACUGAAGGUCCAGGUGGGAGAGCUCAGGCCUCUGAGACAUCCACAGACAGGGAGGAGAAGACUGCAGGGCCUGAGCUGGCGAGAGGGCGGACGAUGGGGCGAGCUGCCUGCUGCUGCUGAGAAAAAACCACCCCCAUCCUCCUUCAUUAUACCCCCAUCUUCCUCUCUAUACCCUCACCUCCAUCCUUCUCAUCCUCACCCCCAUCAUCCUCCUUCUGUACACCCCCACCCUCCUUCAUUUUACCCCCCAUCACCCUCCUGGCAGACCCCUCUAGAGUGCAGAGGAAUGCUGUGAGGGCGCUGGGCAGACCACCAUAGGGGAGCAGGAUGUCUCAUUGACACUGGGCUGGAGCUGUCUCUUCUGGCCUGAACAUGUCUCGUGCUUCCACCGGCAGCGAGAGGAUAAAUGACACGACCGGUUCUACCCGCUCCGAGAAAGGCUCGACCACCUCCUCUUCCUCUGCCUCCUGGCCGUCCCGCCCCCCAGGAGCUCGAUCACGGAGCUCCGCCCCCGAUGAGCCUCAUGUAGGCAAUUACAGACUCCUGAGGACCAUUGGCAAGGGCAACUUUGCUAAAGUCAAGCUGGCGAGACAUGUCCUGACCGGGAGAGAGGUUGCUAUAAAAAUCAUUGAUAAAACUCAGCUGAACCCCAGCAGCCUCCAAAAGCUUUUUCGUGAAGUUCGAAUCAUGAAAGGAUUGAACCAUCCGAAUAUUGUGAAGCUCUUUGAGGUGAUAGAGACAGAGAAGACGCUCUACCUGAUCAUGGAGUACGCCAGUGGAGGUGAAGUCUUCGAUUACCUGGUAUCUCACGGCCGGAUGAAGGAGAAGGAAGCACGCGCUAAAUUUCGUCAGAUUGUAUCCGCCGUCCAUUACUGUCAUCAGAAGAACAUCGUCCACCGAGAUCUGAAGGCUGAGAACCUCCUGCUUGACGCUGAGGCCAAUAUAAAGAUUGCGGACUUUGGGUUCAGUAAUGAAUUCACACCUGGGGGAAAACUGGACACGUUUUGCGGGAGCCCUCCGUAUGCCGCACCCGAACUGUUCCAAGGCAAGAGAUACAAUGGUCCCGAGGUGGAUGUAUGGAGCCUGGGGGUCAUUCUCUACACGCUGGUCAGUGGGUCGCUGCCGUUUGAUGGACAGAACCUCAAGGAGCUGAGAGAACGCGUCCUCCGUGGUAAAUACAGAGUCCCCUUCUACAUGAGCACAGACUGUGAGAGUGUCCUGCGCAGGUUCCUGGUGCUGAACCCCACCAAACGCUGCACCCUGGAGCAAAUAAUGAAUGAUAAAUGGAUGAACAUUGGGUAUGAUAGUGAUGAUCUGAAGCCAUACAAGGAGCCGGAGGAAGACCAUGCCGAUCCCAAGCGAAUUGAGAUCAUGCUGGAGAUGGGAUAUUCCAGGGAGGAGAUUAAAGACGCUUUAAACUCUAAUAAGUACAAUGAAGUUAUGGCGACUUACCUGCUGCUAGGGCGGAAGGCCGAGAAUGAAGGAGGGGAGUCUCGCUCUGACAGCACACUGUCCCUAUCUCGGAGCAGAGUCACCUCAGAUGUCACCAAUGGUGCCACCAAGUCAUCAUCAACCCACAGCAAGAACCAGCGAGGGUACCAGAGGCAGAGGAGGCACAGCGAUUUUUGUGGUCCAGCACCCACUCCCUCUCAAGCCAAGCGCAGUCCUCCUGGGGCAGUGGAUGAUGGUGCAGUUGGGGAACGUCUUACCCCCAGGAGGGGCAGUGGAUCUGUGGGUGGGGGUAGCCGGCCUCCCCCUCCCUCCAGCCCUAUGGUUAGCCAUGCCCACAACCCGAACAAGGCGGAAAUUCCAGAGCCACGCAAAGAGGCCCCACCCACAACUAUGAACACUCCUCCAGGUGUGAUGGGCCGCAGGAACACGUACGUGUGCACCGAUCGCCAUGCCUCAGAGCGCCAUUCCCUGCUCCAUAACGGAAAGGAGAACAGCUCCACUCCCUCUCGCCCGCCUGCACCAUCGCCCUCAACACAGAGCAUCGCAGAGCGCAGCUGCCUCUCCCGAGGAUCCAAUGUCCGCAGCACUUUCCAUGGCGGCCAUGUCCGAGAUAGGAGGGGUCAGAACCCACCUCCCAGCUCCCCCACACACCCUCAUGAAGGGUUAAACCAGAGCCGGUCCCGAGCCACCUCCAACCUGUUCAGCAAGCUGACCUCCAAACUGACCCGCAGGGUCACAGACGAAUCUGAGAGAGUCUGGAGACCUGCGGUCACAAGUAGCUAUAUACCUUGGUAUAAAGCGUCGACCCACUCCAGCCUGCUCGGACCUUCCAGGGAUGUGACGAAAUCCAUCCGCGCCCCCCCCUUGAAUUCGCCAGCCCCCUCGACUGCUCCCAGUGAAUCUUACCCAGUGGGAAGACCGCAGCCCUUACCAGGCAAGCUCCGCCCACUUGUCACUGUUGGGACACUGGGACUUUAAGAAGGGGAUAUAUAUAGAUAUAUACGUUCUGUGGAAAUCCAUUAGGAUGCUGCUGUAGCUUUUUAAAGCUGGGACAAGCCCCAUUGGGGGCCAACCAUGCCUAGUCCUGGGCAGCCACACCCUCUUUACCAUUGGGAUGCUGUGCCUUUAUGACGGACACCUCCUUAUCUGGAUUGCCACAUCUUUAGGGAUUGGUCUGUGGCGCAAGAGGAAGGAGCACGUCCACUCCGCCCAUAAGACACGCCCCUUUUUGGAUGUGCCAUGCCCACUCGUGAGACGGAGAGCUGUGACAUCACAUGGGGAGGGGGCGGUCAUUUUUACUUGGGGUCCUGCGCAGUGUGGACAGAUACAAUGCUGGAUCCCUGACCUUAUAAUAUUAACACUUUCCUUCCUGACUGGGUCAUGUCCUUAAAUUCUUGCCCCAUCUCUGACUCCACCCAUUCUGAUGAUGGACAUUAUAUAAGCUCCCCCCCUUUUCAACAUAUGUGCUAUGUUAAUGAGUUUCAUGAUGCCCCCCAGCCACGUCACAGGCCCCACCCCCAUCAUGACGUACACACCGUGUAUUAACCAGUCUGUGUCCUCCAGGUGUGUAUCUUAUAAAAUUCCCUCACCUCCUGAUGGAUCGGAGGCCCCUCCCCCUGCGCUGCCGCUCUUACUCAUAGGUUGCUCGUCAUCUAGGUCUUUGUAUAUAUAAUAUAUUUGUGCAGGUCACGCAGAUUCCUGUACUUUUUAAAGACUGUAGGGGGGGGGAGGUGUCCUAUUGUUGCCGCCCUACUUUAAAACCCAUCAAUAAUGGUAGAGCCCAACGUUGUGCGCCCACUUAUUAAAUUAUGGUAAGCACAGAGAAGAUCACUGCAGCAAGACCCCCAGAAUCAACCAAGCCCACUCAAAAUACUGCAGCACACUGGGACCUCAUCAUCACUGCAACAAGACCCCCAGAAUCAACCAAGCCCACCCAAAAUACUGCAGCACACUGGGACCUCAUCACUGCAACGAGACCCCCAGAAUCAACCAAGCCCACCCAAAAUACUGCAGCACACUGGGACCUCAUCACUGCAACGAGACCCCCAGAAUCAACCAAGCCCACCCAAAAUACUGCAGCACACUGGGACCUCAUCACUGCAACGAGACCCCCAGAAUCAACCAAGCCCACCCAAAAUACUGCAGCACACUGGGACCUCAUCAUCACUGCAACAAGACCCCCAGAAUCAACCAAGCCCACCCAAAAUACUGCAGCACAUUGGGACCUCAUCAUCACUGCAACAAGACCCCCAGAAUCAACCAAGCCCACCCAAAAUACUGCAGCACACUGGGACCUCAUCAUCACUGCAACGAGACCUGCGGAAUUAUCCAAACCCUACACACAAUACUGCAGCACUGGAACCUCAUCAUCACUGCAGGAAGACCCCUGGAAUCAAUCAAACCCACCCAAAAUACUGCAUCACUGCAUCAAAGCCAUUGGCACCAUCUAAAACCCCCCACACCCUGCACUGCUACACUGCACCCCCAUCAUGGCUCUAAGUCUUCUGGCACCAUUUAAACCGCACAUCUGAUGAUGCUGAUCUGCAUCCUCACACCAUACUAAUACUUCUGCACUGCAUCCUUGUCCCUGCACCUAGUACCAGACACUAUCUAAGCUUUGUGCCAACACUGCUACACUGCAUCCUUAUUACUGCAGCCUGUCCCGGCUCCAUCUUGACUCCACACCCCAUGCUGCAGCUCUGCAACCUCAUCAUUACUGAAUGAAGUCUUCUGGUACCAUCUAAAUUCUACAUCUGAUGCUGCUACACGACAUUUUCAUCACUACAGCUAGUCCUGGCACCAUCUUAGCCACCUACCAAUACAACUGAACUGCAACUUGAUAACUGCAGACAGUCACACCAAUACUGCAUCCUCUUCACUACAGUCUAGCGGCCCAUUACACCAUCUAAGCUCCAUGCCUACACUGCUGCCUUGCAUCCCUAUCCUCAAUGCAUCAAGUCCUCUGUCACCAUGUAGCUGGCAUCCUCAUCCCCGCAGCCAGUCCAUGGAACCAUCUAAGUUUCAUGCCAAUCCUGCUGUCAUGCUUCCUCCUCUUCACUGCAUCAAUUCCUCUGACACCAUGUAAAUCCCACAUCUGAUGUUUACUACACUGCAUCCUCAUCACUACAGCUUGUCCCCGACACCCUCUCAUCCCCAUACCAAUACUGCUGCACUGCAUCUUAUUACUACAGCCAUUCCUCAACACCAUCUAAUCCCCAUGCCAAUAAUGCAUCCUUGUAACUGCAGCCUGUCUUCAGCACCAUCUAAGCUCCGUGCUAAGCUCCAUGCCAAUACUGCUGCUCUGCAUUCUCAUCUUCACUGCGUUAAGUCCUCUGGCACCAUCUAAACCCUAUAUCUGAUGCUGCUACACUACAUCCUCGUCACUACUGCUAGUCCCCGGCACCAUCUAAUCCCCAUACUAAUACUGUCAUUCGUCAACUAUAUUACUGCAACUAGUCCAUGGAACCAUUUAAACUCCAUACUGAUCUUGCUGAAUGCAUUCUCAUCUCUGCAGCCAGUCCCUGACACCAUCUAAACCAUACACUCAAUACUGCUAUUCUGCAUUUUCAUCACUGCAGCCAAUCCCUCCUGACACCAUUUAAGUCCCACAGACAAUACUGCUGUACUGCCCUCUCAUCAAAUCCUCAUCAAUGCAACAAGGCCCCCAAACCCCGACACCAUCUAAGCCUCACAGCUGCACGGAUUUAUCCGACACUGCGUAGGUGUUGCCUUGGAGCUGCUGUAUUUUUUUCCGCAUGGGAACCUGCACUAAAUUGUUGGUAUCAGCUCCUUAUUUCUCUGCGGGGUGGUCUGACAGUAGUCUACUGGCACCAUCGCAGCAACGAGUAACACCCUCAGACGUCAUCCGGUGAUGAGGGGGGCAGUCUAACAUUAUGACAGUGUUCAGAAUGGGUCUUCUUUUUUUUUGGGGGGGGGGGGGGAAUUCAGCCCGUUCUCCUCACACACCCACAGUGCCGAGUCUAGAAAGCAGAGUGCAGGCGGUGUCAUGUACCCAGCACACACGCUAGUAGUGUAGACUGUCAGCAGUGAACCCUCCUCCCCGACAGUGUACCCCCAAGACUAUUUAUUAAAAUCACCCUAUGAAACCCAA